AUGUUUAGCUCGAUAAGAAACGCUGCCAGGGGCAGCAGCAUGAGAUCUUUCUCUACUGCCAAAAACGUGGUUUCCAACGGUUGGGUCCGUCGUGCCGGCGUUGCAGGUGCUCUUGCCACCGGUGUGGCCGCAUCCGCCGCCCUCUACGCGGACUCACUCACCGCUGAGGCCAUGACAGCCGCAGAACACGGUCUGCAUCCUCCUUCGUACGCCUGGCCAAGCAACGGUCCUUUCGAGACCUUCGACCACGCGUCCAUCAGAAGAGGUUACCAAGUGUACCGUGAGGUGUGUGCCGCGUGCCACUCGCUCGACAGAAUCGCGUGGCGUACCAUGGUUGGUGUGUCGCACACCAACGCCGAAGUGCGUGCCAUGGCCGAGGAGUUCGAGUACGACGAUGAGCCAGAUGAGCAAGGUAACCCCAAGAAACGUAGCGGUAAGCUUGCUGACUACAUUCCAGGGCCAUACCCUAACGAACAGGCUGCUCGUGCUGCCAACCAAGGUGCUUUGCCUCCCGAUCUCUCUUUGAUUGUCAAAGCCAGACACGGUGCUUCCGACUACAUUUUCUCGCUUCUGACCGGGUACCCCGACGAGCCCCCAGCCGGUGUGGUGUUGCCACCAGGCUCCAACUACAACCCUUACUUCCCAGGUGGCUCUAUUGCCAUGGCCCGUGUGUUGUUUGACGAAUUGGUCGAGUACGAGGACGGCACCCCAGCCACCACUUCCCAGAUGGCCAAGGACGUUACCGCUUUCUUGCACUGGUGCAGUGAGCCUGAACACGACGAAAGAAAGAGAUUGGGUAUCAAGGCCGUCAUCGUGUUGUCUUCAUUGUACCUAAUUUCCGUGUGGGUCAAGAAGUUCAAGUGGGCCGGUAUCAAGAACAGGAAGUACGUUUUCAACCCUCCCAAGAAAUAA